AUGGACGAAGAACAACCGUCAUUACUUAUUCCAGACAUCCAUUUUUCUCGAAUUCCACCUAACAGACCUCACUCAAACCCUCCAGACAUGGGUAGAGUAAAAUCCACUGCCCAGAAAAAGAAACCAUCAAAACCUUCUGAAAACCAGCCUGCUUCUCAUGCAGAAAUUCCCUCGACCAGGGUAGAGCUGAGAGUACUCAUGAGCCAAGAAUCCAAACUCAAGCCCAACUCCGAAAUGUUGUUCGACCAAAUGUCGAAUGACAUGCCUGCCAAACGAGCUUUUGACUUGUACGCCAAAUUAGCGAACAAGAAAAAAUCCAACAAGCGCCAGUCUGGGAAAGGCUGCAGCAAUCCCUCCGCGAAGAGGUCUCGAACAAAAGACCCUCCUGCGCCUACUCCCACAAAAGAGACAACUCCGCCACCAGCUUCUGCUAGAGAGGCAACUCCGCCGUUUCCAGUAAAUCCAGAUCCCCCAUCUCCAGUUGGACAGACUCCUCCACCAGCUCCAACCGACCUUACGCCUCCAGCUUCCACCGUCCAGAAGCCGGCUGGUCGUCGAGAAUAA